AUGCGUAACCUGCGUACUUGGCCCUCUGAUGACCAGAAUAUUUGCUCGGACUUAGGCACCUCCUUACGAAGUCCAGUGCUUAAAUUCACAGAGAUGAGCUCCACAAUCAUCCCUGAAUCCCCCCAGACACGGCCUCGAUUCAACCGACGGAUUACUUUCACCCAUGGUGACUUCAAGGCUAAUAUUCUUGUCGGGGAUGGUCAUUUAUCGGCGUUUCUUGAUUGGGAGUCUGCUCACUGGUACCCCGAAUACCGGGAUUCUACGAGUGCGAUGAGAUACGGAAAGAGCAGCUGGUGGAGUACGACGGGGAGUUAG